UCAUAUGAAAGUUUAAUGUUAGUGCGGCCCGCGGGUUUGAUAUGAAUGCUGUCCUGAUUUAUGCUUCUCCGUAUCCGUCGGUACGCAACGACGCAGAGCCCUCUGCGUCGUGGCGUACUCUCUCCGACCCCCUCUCCGUCAGCUUACGAGCACCUCCCCAAACAACAGAGAGCUCACGGAGACUGCAUCGCUCUGAUUGGUCCGCUAGAGUUACCUCAUUUCCGGAAUCCCGAUUUGCCGGCCGUAUUCAUUCCACAACAAUAACGUCGCCACUCGUCUCCUCUUUAGUUCUCGUCUCAGUAUUUACAAUAAAACAAUCCGUUGUUCAAUGUCGAUCAGUUCCAGUUCCAACAAAUGUCUUCUCUGUGUCUCCAUUGUUCGUUGUUUGUGGAGGAACGAGGCCGGGCCGUAAAUAAACUAGUUUAUAAUCGUAACGGAAAGAAACGCAUCGCCCUCUAUUGUUAGCGCUAGCUCCAUGCUAGCCACGAGCCGAACUUUUCGAACUUUAUUAAACUUUUAAUUUAUUUAAUUUAAUGUUAAACUAUAUUCAGCAUUGUUGGGCACCACAAACACUUCGUGUUUCCAUGGUUUCUGACCUUCAACCAAUCACGAACUGUGCCGUGCUCGACGUCAUAUGCAAGCGCAGGACCCGGGGCCGAUCUGGCGCCGGCGGAAAUAACACACUGCAGAAAUUACGUUCUCCGUGCGUCGGCUAAACACUGACACUGAAACCUCAACUCGACAGUGACACCCAGUGGAUAUAUAUAUAUUACACAGCCCGAAACAUGUCUUUUUCAAAGCCUGUAGUGAAGAGAAAGGUUGGUGAUGAGCACAGACAAUUUCAGGAAAAGUGGGAAAUGCAAUAUUUCUUUGUUGAGCACAGGGGCACCCCAACGUGUCUUAUUUGCACAGAGAAAGUUGCGGCAACAAGAUUUCUUUAAGAAAGCAACCAAAGAGAAUAACGCAGCAGUCGAAGCUAGCUACGUGGUUAGUGAGAUGAUUGCUAAAGCAGGAAAGCCAUUCACAGAAGGUGAAUUUGUCAAAAAGUGCAUAUUACAGGCUGCAAGUAUUGUCUGUCCAGAAAAGAAAGGUCAGUUUAGCAACAUCAGCCUUUCUGCCAACACCGUGGCAGAGCGCAUUUCUGACCUGUCAAGUGACAUUUAUGAUCAACUGUGUGAGAAAGCAAAAUGUUUCAGUGUAUACUCUAUCGCUCUUGAUGAGACCACCGACAUCACCGACACUGCCCAGCUCGCAAUGUAUGUCCGUGGUGUUGAUGACAGUUUUGAAGUGAUGGAGGAGUUGCUCACAGUAAUUCCAAUGCAUGGCCAGACCACCGCUCAGGAGAUAUUUCACCAGCUGUGUGAUGUCAUUGAGAAUACCGGUUUGCCAUGGAAGAGGUUUGUUGGAAUAACAACUGAUGGAGCGCCAUCAAUGACAGGGAGGAAAAAUGGACUUGUGGCACUUGUUCAAAAAAAACUGGAAGAGGAGGGUGUGGAGGAGGCCAUAGCUCUGCACUGCAUUAUCCAUCAGCAGGCCCUUUGCAGCAGAUGCCUGAAGUUUGACAAUGUGAUGUCUGUCGUUGUGAAAUGCAUCAACCAAAUCAGAUCCAGGGGCUUAAAGCACAGAAGGUUCCGUGCUUUUUUAGAGGAAAUGGAGUCAGAAUAUGGGGAUGUGCUCUACUUCACCGAGGUACGUUGGCUCAGCAGGGGAAACAUGUUGAAGAGAUUUUUUGAGUUGAGAGCAGAAGUGAAAGCCUUCAUGGAGAAGGAUGGGGUGGCUGUUCCUGCGCUAAGUGAUCCCAAAUGGCUCAUGGACUUAGCUUUUCUUGUUGAUAUCACACAUGAGCUUAAUGUGCUGAACAAGAAGUUACAAGGCCAGGGGCAACUUGUCAGUGCUGCCUAUGACAACGUGAGAGCAUUCUCCACAAAACUUGUGUUAUGGAAAGCCCAGCUCUCUCAGACAAACCUUUGCCAUUUCCCAGCAUGCAAGGCACUCGUGGAUGCAGGCACACCAUUCAGUGGUGAGAAGUAUGUUGAUGUCAUUUUGAAGCUACAGGAGGAAUUUGAUCACAGAUUUGCAGACUUCAAGACGCACAGAGCCACAUUUCAAAUUUUUGCGGACCCCUUCUCCUUUGAUGUGCAAGAUGCCCCUCCUGUGCUUCAAAUGGAGCUCAUUGACCUGCAGUGCAACUCUGAACUCAAAGCCAAGUUCAGGGAGGUGAGUGGAAAAGCAGACAAGCUUGGGCAAUUUUUGAGAGAAUUGACCCCCAGCUUCCCUGAGCUUUCCCGAAUGUUCAAGCGGACCAUGUGCCUUUUUGGGAGCACAUACUUGUGCGAAAAGCUCUUUUCCACCUUGAACUUCAAUAAGUCCAAGUACAGGACCAGACUUACUGAUGAGCAUCUUCAAGCCCUACUGAGGGUCUCAACUGCUUCCUCCCUCAAGCCAAAUGUGGCUCAGCUAUGCGAGAGGAAGCGCUGCCAGGUCUCUUGCAGCAAGAAGUAGGCAAGAGAAGCCAUGUUCAGGACAGUUCAUGUUCAAUGUUCCACAUUGUUAUUCAGAAAGUUAAAGGUUAAAGACCUGUUAAUACAGACAUUUGAAUCUGAAUAAUAAUAAUUAGAUUUCUCUAGUAAGCAACUCUAUGUUUCUUAAG